CAAACCUCCUUUCUUCUUUUUCCACCUUCCUCUCCUCCUCCUCCUCCUCCUCCUCCUUCAUUUUCUCUAUUUAUCUCUCUCUCUUCUCUGUGGGUUAUUGCUUAAGCAGACUCUGAGAUGGAGCUUGGUUUGAGCUUGGGAGAUCACGCUUCAAAGCCUUCUGAAACUUCCGGCCUUCUGGGAUUAGGCUUCACCACUUUAUCCAUGGGCCCUAUCUGUACAAGAGCAUCAAAUCGACAGCACGAAGAACCAGAAGAGAAAGAAGCUAAAAAGCAAAAGGGAAAACAGAGUGUCGAAGACCACGAAGAUAGACCUGAAUAUGUUCAGCUUGAUCUUCUUCCUCACACUCCAGUCGCUGUUUCUCGCACUAACCCACCUUCCCAAAUCUCAUUUCCAUGGCCUCCUUCUGAAAAUGGAAGUUCUUCAAGAGGCGUGGAUAUGAAUAGUUUGCCUCCGCCGCUGGCGGCGGCGGCAGCGGCGGAGGAAGAUGAGGCAGCGAUGUCGUCGUCUCCGAACAGCGCUGCAUCGUCGUUUCAGAUGGAUCUCGGUGUGUUUAACAGAGGAGGGAGUAGUAUUAGCGGUUGCAAGAGGGAUUAUGAUGGAGAGGUAUAUUAUCAAAGGGCUGCUUCUUCAAGAGCAAGCGAUGAAGACGACAACGUUGGUAGUACGAGGAAGAAGCUAAGGCUGUCCAAGGAACAAUCUGCUUUUCUCGAAGAGAGCUUCAAAGAGCACAGCACCCUCAACCCAAAACAGAAACUUGCUCUUGCAAAACAGCUCAAUCUUCGCCCUCGCCAAGUAGAAGUCUGGUUCCAAAACAGAAGAGCAAGGACCAAGUUGAAGCAGACAGAGGUAGACUGUGAGUACUUGAAGAGGUGUUGUGAGACACUAACUGAAGAGAACAGAAGGCUUCACAAAGAGCUUCAAGAACUGAGAGCUUUGAAGGCUAAUUCAAACCCAUUCUUCAUGCAGUUACCAGCCACUACCUUGACCAUGUGUCCCUCUUGUGAGCGAGUCGCCACCAACAAUUCCUCCGCCGUCGCCGCCACGGUUGUUACUUCCUCUGCAACUCCCUCUACCACCAAAGUCACCGAAACAAGGGCCGCCAUUGAACCUGCGUCAUCCAAAGCCAUUGGAUUCCCUCUAAGCAAACCCAAGUUCUAUCCUUUUGCUCAUACCAAAACCCACCAUCCUCAUCCAUCCUCACCCUCUUGAACUCAAUUUCGUGGAAUUGAGCUGCUGAUAAGCAGAACUUUAUAGAUUUGAUCAAAUUCGGUAUUGAGUGCUACUGAUUCAUGCUGGAGUUGAUGAUGAUCUUCCCAGAAGAUUUAUUCUUGUACAUAGGGGUGUUCUCUGAUGACGAUGAUGGUGAGACUGAUAGCUUUAUUGGGUUUACUGGGAGUUUUGAUAUUGAUUGGAUUUUUCUUUCUUUUGUUAUAAUUUUAGUUGUUGUCACUUGGAUCACGCCACAUGUUUCUGGAUUUUCAUCAGAUGUAAAAGCUAGAAAGAGAAGUAAUAGACAGUGAAAACAGAAAUCAUAGAGGGAAUGAAUUAUACAGGGAUCUCAUACUGAUAAUCUGAUAUUAUAUAUUCGUUGUUGAGGGGACUGGGGAGAGAGAUGAAGAUUGAGAUUUGAGAUCAUCGAUCAGAAUCUUGAAAAUCUUGAAAUUUGUGGAGUUAGGUGAUUAAUUAGAGAGAGGGAGAGAUAGGUGGGGGGUGUAAGGUCAGGUCAUAAGGGUGAGGUUGAAGGCUACUUUUCAGAAAGAGGAAGACUUUAAUUCAUGAAUUGGUUUGCUUUGUAAUGAUUUCAUUCUUCUUAAAGGCGUGAACCUACACGAAGGCCUCAAUCAUUCGUCAUCACCAUACUUUCUGGGCAUGGCCGCAUCAUUCGCUAAAGCUACGUCAACAAAGUUCGAGAUCACUUCCAUUUGUGAAAAUCCCACUUGGCAACCCCACAAUUUUAUUAAAUUUUUCUUACCUUGCUGUUUUAUCUCCCAACUUUUCUCUUAUGGCAUCACUUGGUGAGUUGGUGUCCUAAAAUAUUGACCUCUUCAAAUUAAUCUAAAUCCUAUUGUGUGAAA